CGCUAGUACUCUUCUCGGACCGUGUCAGUGGUAUCGGACUUUGGCUACCUUAUCACGUGCACCUAUCCAGCUUCCCAAUCGGGCCCGCCACGGUGGCGCCCAGAAAUUCGGGCCAAUUGGCUCCCGCCCCUUAGCUGAAGGACAGAAGGCGCCAGCCAGGCUGAAAGAUUCCUGUUCAGUCAGGGCCCUCCCAUAUUAUUGCAACGGUUCCAUAUAAAAGUUCCCUUCCCCCAACCAUCGAAAUCAAUAAUCACCAUCACGCCACGCUAUUCCCUCUGACUGACAGCUUGCUUGCCAUCGCGCAUCAGUCAACAUGUCGUGGAGAAACCAGGGAAUCACGGGUUCCAACAACAUCCCUUUGGGGAAGCGCCGGUUUGGCGGCGAUGAUGGUGGUGAGGAGGAGUUCCAGGAAGCUCCCCCCAGCAAUGGCAACGGAGAGCUGAAGCGCGGUCGCAGCCCAGAGCCUCGUACCGAUGCCGAUGGCCCUCGCCGCAGAAAGAAGAGAAACCGUUGGGGCGACGCGUCCGAAAACAAGGCUGCUGGAUUGAUGGGCUUGACGACGGCCAUCACGGCAAACAUGACCGGCGAGCAGUUGGAGGCGUAUACCCUUCAUCUCCGUAUUACGGAAAUCAGCCAGAAGCUUCGCAUUGACGACGUCGUUCCCGCGGAUGGAGACAGAUCACCCUCUCCUGCUCCCCAGUACGAUAACCAUGGUCGCCGUAUCAACACGCGCGAGUACCGAUACCGCAAGCGCCUCGAAGAUGAGCGCCACAAGCUCAUCGAAAAGGCCAUGAAGACCAUUCCUAACUACCACCCGCCACAGGACUACCGCAGGCCCACCAAGACCCAAGAGAAGGUCUACGUGCCUGUUAACGAUUACCCAGAAAUUAACUUCAUCGGCUUACUUAUCGGACCCCGUGGCAACACUUUGAAGAAGAUGGAGGGAGAAUCUGGCGCCAAGAUUGCCAUUCGCGGCAAGGGCUCAGUCAAGGAGGGCAAAGGUCGUUCGGACGCAGCUCACGCCAGCAACCAGGAGGAGGAUCUUCACUGUCUCAUCAUGGCCGAUACAGAGGAGAAGGUCAAUAAGGCCAAGAAACUCAUUCACAACGUCAUUGAAACCGCCGCCUCCAUUCCCGAAGGACAGAACGAGCUCAAGCGCAACCAGCUUCGCGAGCUUGCUGCCCUUAACGGUACCCUCCGUGACGAUGAGAACCAGGCUUGCCAGAACUGUGGCCAGAUCGGCCAUCGCAAGUACGAUUGUCCCGAACGCCAGAACUACACUGCCAGCAUCAUCUGCCGCGUCUGUGGCAACGCUGGACACAUGGCUAGAGAUUGUCCCGACCGACAGAAGGGUGCCAGCUGGCGCAAUGACGGCGCUGGCAGAGCUGGCUCGGCUGGUCGCAUCGAAGGCGGAGACGCUGUCGACCGCGAGUACGAGCAACUCAUGCAAGAACUCGGCGGCGGCUCAGCCGGUGGCGCUGCACCUGCACGCAUCGAAGCCGGCCCUGGUUCCUACAAUAACAACGGACCCAGCGGCGGUGAUGCGAAGCCUUGGCAGCGUGGUCCUACCGGCGGUCCUGCUCCUUGGCGCAGCCGCAACAACGACUCGCGCGAUGAUCGCGAUCGUGGUGACCGCGACCGCGACGGUGGUGGCGGCGGCGGCGGCGGCGGUCCUGCUCCUUGGGCUCGCGAUCGCAACCGUCGUGAUGACCACAGAGGCGGCCACAAUGGAGGUCACGGCGGCUACGGCGGCAGUGACCACUAUGGCGGUGGCGGCCAAGGUGGCUAUGGUGGUCAAUCUGCUGGCGCUGCUCCUGGUGCCGCUCCCUGGCAUCAGCCUCCCGGAACCCAGAACGGCUACGGUGGCUAUGGUGGAUACCCGGGAUACGGUGCGCCUCCUGGCAUGGCCGCACCACCAUCUGGCGUCCCUCCGCCGCCUCCUGGUGCUCCUGGUCUUGGAGCCCCUCCAGGUCUGGCUGGCGGCCUCAACGCACUCAUUCAGCAGUAUGCUGGAGGCGCCCCUCCCCCGCCUCCCUCGGACAAUGCUCCUCCUCCGCCUCCCAGCGACCAACCUCCCCCACCUCCCCCUGGUGCCUGAAGUGGCGUGAGGGAGCUAGGAGGUAGAUCAGACGACUAACCUUGAUGCUAAGCUCGCAUCUGCACACCGACUACGUUGACAACUAACGCUCAACUAACAACCAAGGAUUCAUACCAUGACUUCCAGGGUUGGACAAGUGUUCGCACCUACGCAUCAACGUGUUUUUCUCGCCCGAGUAUUUGAAGACCCAAGUGUGGGCAGCAAGCACUUAACGCAAAAAAGCAGAAUCAACAAAACAGCGGACACAAGAAAGCAAAUUGUACGAUAGAAUAGGAACGGGAAUUCUAGUGGACACUAAUCCAUAGGCUUUUCUUUCAUGCAUCGGUGCGUUUCUUUUAUAGCCAA